AUGUUAUCUGUUCUACUAUUAUUGCUAGCAUGCAAAAUAAUAUCAAGUGAAGUGACUACAGAAGUUCAAUUAUUGAACGAGUUGUCCAUAGAAAAGUUAUUGCAAUUGAAAAAUUCGUUUAAGGAUAUGACCACAGAAUAUUAUAACACUACAGUUACUACACCAAGUUAUAUGGAAACUUUCGGAGCACAAGCAAUGGCCAUGCGAGCUCCGCCAAUAAAAAGAGCUGACUAUGAAGACGGGCUGCACAAAAAGGAAGGUAACAGUAAGUUAAGCAAUAUAUUUUCAAUGACAGUGACCACGUUAGCGUUUUUAGCCUUCGGUGGAUAUUUGUUAUGUCUGAUAGUACAUGCAAUGAGGGCGAAACAUACGACCACGGCCGUGGUCACUCCACAACCAACGAUAUUUGUAAAUGCUGGGAUAAAGCGGCCACAAACGCAAUUCGCAUCAUACGGUCGACGUAAAAGGCAGGUGGAUGAUAUAACUGGAGUAGUUCUGCCGCCGGAAGAAAUGUUUUCAGCAUUACUGCAAGUAUGUGAGGGUUAUGCUAAAUGGAAUGAAUAUCAUAAUUGA